AUGGACCUUAAAGUUGAACCAGUGGACAUGGACUGUAACCGACCGCCUCCGCUCCGGGUUUUUGCACAUAGGUCGACCCUUCACGGAAUCUCGCACGUAUUUUCACAGGAGAGGGUUACAGUAAAGUGUUGUCUCUGGCUAGUUUUUUUCCUCAGUUCAUUGUCGUUUCUACUGUACGUCUGCAUAGACCGGAUUCAGUACUACUUGAAAUACCCACACGUAACCAAACUAGACGAGGUCACGACACCUAAAAUGACCUUUCCGGCCAUUACAAUCUGCAACCUGAAUUCCUUUCGCUUUAGCCAGGUUACGCGUAACGACCUCUACCACGCGGGGGAAUUGCUCGCAUUGCUCAACCACAGAUAUGAGAUUCGGGAUGCUCACCUGGUGGAAGAUAAGGUUCUAGCGGUUCUGAAGAGCAAGGCCAACUUCACCAACUUCAAGCCUCGUCCUUUCAACAUGUGGGAGUUUUACAACCGCACAGGACAUGACAUCAGGGACAUGCUAUUAUCCUGUCAGUAUAGGGGUCAGACGUGCAGUGCAGACGACUUCACUGUAGUGUUCACACGUUAUGGGAAGUGUUAUACAUUUAACUCUGGUGAAAGCGGGCCACCGCGGAUUAGCGUGAGAGGCGGGAUGGGGAAUGGUUUGGAGCUGAUGCUGGACAUUCAACAGGACGAGUAUUUACCUGUAUGGGGAGAGACAGAUGAGACAUCUUUUGAGGCUGGCCUUAAAAUUCAGAUUCAUAGUCAGAGAGAGCCACCUUUCAUAGACCAGCUGGGUUUUGGUGCAGCCCCCGGCUUCCAGACCUUUGUUUCCUGUCAAGAGCAACGGCUGCUGUACCUGCCACCUCCGUGGGGAGACUGCAAGGUCAACCCGCUGAACUCUGAUCUCUUUAAAUGGUACAGCAUCAGUGCAUGUCGCAUCGAUUGCGAGACGCGUUACCUGGUGGAAAACUGCAACUGUCGCAUGGUGCACAUGCCUGGUGAUUCUCCGUACUGCACCCCUGAGCUUUACAAGGAGUGUGCCGACCCAGCACUUGAUUUCUUAGUCGAGAGAGACAACGACUUCUGCACAUGUGAUACUCCGUGCAACACAACCCGGUACAACAAAGAGCUGUCUUUCGUCAAAAUUCCCAGCAAAGCGUCUGCUAAAUACCUCGCUAAGAAGUUCAACAGAUCAGAGCAGUACAUAGCGGACAAUGUUUUGGUGCUUGAUGUGUUCUUUGAGGCCCUGAACUACGAGAGCAUAGAGCAGAGGAAGGCGUAUGAGGUCGCAGGACUCCUGGGAGAUAUUGGUGGACAGAUGGGACUCUUCAUUGGAGCCAGCAUCCUUACAAUUCUGGAACUCUUUGAUUACCUGUAUGAGGUAAUGAAGUACAGACUCUGUCACUGCUCGGAGAAGAAACAACACAACAACAAUAAUGACGUCGGCAACGUGCUCAGUCUCGAUGAUGUCAAAUGUCACGUCAGUAAAUUUCACUGA